AUGAGUGAAAGUGGUGCAAUCUACAGUCAUGACAAACUUCGAAUGUAUGUUUAUCCACCAUCAUCAAAAAGAAUAUAUUUCACUCUUCUUGAAGGUGUUGAACAUAUUGAAAGAGGUGUAUUUCUUGGAUGUAUUUAUGUUGAAGUUAUCACAAUUCCAGAUGGAAGCAUCAAAUCUAUUGGCGAGAAUGCAUUCCGAGGAUGUUUCAAUCUUCAACAGAUCACACUUCCAUCAUCUAUCAAAUCUAUUGGUCUUGGUGCAUUCACAAACUGUCCUAUUCUUCAAUGUGGUGGCAUCAUUCAAAACUCAACAAAAUCAUUCAUUGAUAUAAUAAAAAUCUCUGGUCUUGAUCUCAAAUCUCAACUUUAUUGUUCUCGUUUCUCUUGCAAGCGCAAUUCAAUAUAUUCACCUGAUAUUCCUAUUUCUUAUUAUAUUGUUUUUAUUCUAAUGUAA